AAAACUGUUUUGGGGGAAUCAAGAUCCUAUUUGCCCUAUUGCCCAGAUUACUUUGAAAGCUCAGCUGACCAAAAGACUGGAGGACCUUGCCCAUCCCAAAGAAGUCUCCCACCGAUAUGUACCUAACAGGGCUCAGUAUUACUACAGCUGUGGUAGAGAGUCUGUAAUCUGGGAGAUCCCUUCUCCUGCACUGUUUAGCCAACCCUCCAAAAGGAUCCAGAAGCUGGCACUGCCCAACAGAUUCAAGAAAGAAUAUUUAAUAAAGAGGCCUUACAGUGAUUACUUAACAAGAGAUUCUCUUCAAAUCUCUUAUCCUUCUGCCCGGAUAUUACAACUCUCAAUACCCAAGGCCACAAAUCCAAACUACGUUCCUCCAAAAAGGAUUGAAACCAAGAUUUCAGUUCCUGCCCUGACUGCUGUUGCAACUCCAAGAACUGUAGACCUUGCCCAUCCAAGGAUCAAGAUAGAGGGUCUGUGCUUUGAAAGAGAACGAAGUGAACUGCCCAUCCGUCCUAUAUCCCGUGCUGCCUUGCUAUACAAACCUAGCCCUCGAAUAAUAGCUCUAGCUAAGGCCAGGCCUCUUCAUCAAGAUUAUCUGCCUGACCGUGAUGCCCACUGGCCAGUAUCUUAUGCUGCUAUCCGUUGCAAAAUAUCUCCCAGAAUUCAAGAACUAGCUAACCCAAAUACAAGGUCUCCCGUACACAUUAUAUAUUAUGAUCCAGAUGUCUUUAAAGUCAAGCCAGCUGCUUUGAAAACACAGUGUUCUCCAAGGAUCCACGAGUUGGCAGAACCUCUUGUGCGUUAA